AUGUUCUUGCCAAAAAUGGAGUUCAUGCUCCCAUUGAUGAUAGUUGAGUGAUUGACCUACCCGGUUGUACACUUGCCCCAGGGGGCAUUUAAGGGUUAAAUUUAAAUUGAAUUAAGUUAAAAUAGUAUUUUAUUGUGACAUUUUGUAGACAUUGUAACAUUAAAUUGUAUAAUAUUGAAAUGGAUAAUAUUAAAUUAUUGAAAGUGCUUUAUAAAGUAGAAUAUUCUGUGACCCUCAUUGUUAAUAUUUCAAAUUGGAAAUAAAACCUUCUCAAUAAAAGUUUAUUGAAGCGCUCGGUUUAUUACUUUCAAUUCGCUCUCCAGUAACUUUUUUUUAUUACAUAUCUUAAUCAAAUUAUAGUUCUUUAGCGUGAUAUAUUAUAUAGCGAUAUAUUAAUGGUUCUUUAUGAUCGUUUAGGUCGUUUAAGAAGCCACGAAUGACCUCUUUCGUAUAUUUCGCAAAGAGACACGCGGUUGCUUUUCAAGAUAAAUCUCUUCCACGGAAUCCUGCUCUAGGAGCUUGCCAACAUUCUUCCGUCUGUCCGUCUAUUUAUAUCUGCACUCAAAUAAAAUUCAUGGAUCUGCGGAAAAUAGCGGACGGGACAAAAAGAAGACAAAGUGACAUACCAGACGCCGAUACGUUUAUGUAGUGCAAAUCAUACACAUGUGCGUUGCCAUGAAUGUUGUGUGAUCUGUCUCGUGAACACUGGGGAUCUUUAAUUCCCGUAAAUUGCACGCAAAUCGCAGAGUCGAUUAUCGCUGAUUAUUACGUUGAAUUGUUUAACCAGCGACUGUAAACGUGUAGAACACUGAAUCGCAAAGUGUUCCCCGGGGCAAUUUAAAUGCAGUCGGAACAAUGUGUUCCUCGGGUAUUUGUUCUACGAGAGUAUCGGACGAAAAUUUCUCCCCGUAACUCCCUGUGGAUCUUGGACGAGUAAGGGAGGAUCGAUCGCGGAAAAUCGUAUACCCGAUAACACGUAAGGUACCAAAACACACGUGUCUCGCUUAAGUGUUUCGCUUGUAGUACUUCGUCUUGUACUUCGAGACAGUCGCGUCGCAAAAUCGGUCGCAAACAUGUCGAACUCACCGCGAUUGCGAACGAUGCCGCCCAGGCCAAAGAUUUUGCUUCCGGUUCCCGGACAGUACUAUCCGCAGCCAGCAACCGGUAUGGGCUACGUUUCAACGCCGUACGGGCAAACGCCGCUACCGAUGACGCCGAUUUCCGGCCAACCGCAGGUGUUCUACUCCAACCGGGCCAGCGAGUUCGUCUUCACGCAAUUCAAAGGGAUAAAGGAUUUUACCAAGUCCGGCCUCAGUGUGGGUGAGAAGAGCGCUUUUUGGCUUUACGAGAAGGUAAGUGGAUGCCGGAAGAAAGACACUCUUUCGCUCAACAGGGUAGCAAUCGGAAUGUUGCUGAAAUUACAUUAUUGUUAUUUUGUAAGAAUAGACAUAAUUAAAUAGACAUAAUUAAAUGAAUUAAAUAGAAUAGACAUAAUUAAAUGAAUUAAAUACUGUACUAUAGAAGAAACCCGUCAUUUUUCUUUAGCAUAUAGUGCAUGCAAAAAGUAUAUGCACAUAGGAUGGGACUCCUAAUUUGUAUAUCUUGAAUAACUUUUAAAUUAUGUGUUCUUUUUUUAAUUGUUACGUACAAAAGUUUCAAGAGAUACACUGGGCAACAAAAUUAUCGCAACAAAAAUUUACGUCAAAAAUUUGCCCAACUUCAAAUAAGCAUAACUCCGCGA